AUGCAGGUGUCUUCCCGUCCUCUGUCAUCUCGUCGAACCAGUCACUCAGAGAUGAGAGGUCGUGCGCCUCUUCCGGUUUCCUCUGGGGCGGCGCCCCAGAAUGGACAUUCUCGCAAUCCCUCGGGACUUGACGUUGCCCGCAGCCCGCCGAAUCAGAGCAACAAGAAUACCAAACACGUUCCUUGCAAAUUCUUCCGCCAGGGUGCCUGUCAGGCAGGCCCCGCUUGUCCUUUCCUACACUCCACCGACGCUGGAAUUGACUUUGCUCCUUGCAAAUAUUUUGCAAAGGGAAACUGCAAAUUCGGCGCGAAAUGUGCAUUGGCGCAUAUCCUACCAGAUGGGCGGAGAGUCAACCGGCCGACUGGGAACAUGGGAAUGGGAAGCGGUCAUCUCAAUCUGGGCGGCCGGGUAAACCCGCAGGCCUAUGUCAACCAGGACUCCGCCUUGACCAACUCAGUGCUCUCUCAACAGCGCAUGAAUGGCCACGAGCAGCCUCGAUAUGCCCCGCAGCUCCCCUCGCAGGAGGAGUACGGAUCCCUGCACGGGCAACCACAGCCGACUUAUGAUGGAAUCCCGACUAUCGAUACGGGCUUGGCCUCCGAUGCCGGCUCCAAGUAUGGAUCACCCGCUGAAGAUGUUCGAUUCCCUAUGUCGCCUAAUAACAACCACCUUAGCGCUCUCGAUGCGGGACUCCCCGCUUCGUUCGACAGCCAGGGUAUUUCCCAUGCUGCGCGUUAUGGUCCGGUGGCCGCUUCGAUGCCUUCUCAGUUUGGAUUGGAAUCGCCGCCAGCCCAAAGACCGGGACCAGCAGAUGUAUUCCGGAACCUCCGUGACAUUGGCUAUGGUACCAGCUUGCGCAAGCCUUCAUCCAACAUCGGAUCAUCUCCCCCGGCCCCCGAAGAUAUGAUUGGCACCCGGUUCAUGCACUCGUCGCGCCCUGUCAAGCCACGCAUGCUUUCCGCUAGUGUCCCUCGUCCCACAGCCCUCGAGGACUGGGAUGAGAAUUUCCCUAUGGAAGAGGACUACCUGCCAGUCAACCUGCACGACGAUGUUCUUACCCCGCAAGAAAAGCUGCGCCGCCUCUCCCGCACCGAUAACGACCUGGGUUCUAGCCAUCGCGACAUCAGUGGCCUUGCCUCGAGUCCAUCUCGCUUUGGUGCAUUGUUUGCCAAGCAGCGUCAGCGCAAGGAGGAGGAAUCCCAUGGCUCCUCAUCUUUCCACAUCGGGUCUCCUCUCCGCGAAUCAUCGCUGAACCCCAUCACUAGUCCUGGCCUAGGACCCAUUGGCAGCAGUCGUGCAUCCCACGAGGGGUCAUCGUUCAUCUCGAGCCCUGGACGUCAAUCCUCAAUGUCCAUGAUUUCUGAGCAGCUUGGAGGCAUGUCCCUUCACCCUGGUUCCGCUCGCCAGUCGUCGGCAGGUCCUAGCGGCCGCCUAGACCGAAUCAUCUCUUCUCCUGUCAACACGAGCAAGAUUGAGGAGGAAGAGCAAAGCGAUCUGGUCUUUGAUAUGGAGGAAGAAGUGGGCAACAAGCGGAACAGUGCCUCGUGGGAGAACAAAGAAAACUCCUCUUAA